UGCAAAUAUCUCCCUGAACAGCUUUCAAAGGUAACCUGCAAGGAGGCAGAUAGAGGCAAUGAUAAAAACGUCCUUUUAGUUGCUUGCUGACUCUAUAUUUAUAAAGUGCAGGCACACGCACUGAAACCCCAACGAGGAAACCCACAGCAGACUUACUUGCCUAACAGUCUCAGCAACCAGCAGUCCUGCGAGAGUCAUCUGCAGGCAGAGGACAGAUAUUGUCUCUACAAUCCUGCAUCGUUCACGUGAAAGCUGGGAACAGUUAUGAGGUCACUUCCAUACCUUCUCUUUUUAAUAACGGUUCCGCCUCUGAGCAGUUUUAACAUCGACGUUCGCAAGUCGUGGAUUACACCGCCCACAGCCCCUCUCUCCUGGCCAAAGGUUCGUCAGCAUUCGGAUGGGCACGAGACCUGGGUUUUGGCGACUUCCUCAGCCAAUGACGAGCCGGGGAGGCGGCUGGGCCGGCUGAACCGGUGCUCUCUUGCCUCGCGUGAGCUCCAGUGCCAGGAAGUUGGCCUGAGAGGAAAUACUCAAAAGUCAAAAAGUAUUCAGGACGGGGGCAUCUCGCUAGCCAGGAGUGCAGAAUGGAUCCUGGCUUGCCUGCAGAAGAAGCGGCGCCAGGCCCUCAGCAUCACAGAAGAGUUGAAUGGAAUCUGCACCCUGCUCACCGCAGAAUUCCAGGAGGCAGCGUUCCUCAACUUCGGCAAUAUCCUUGAGACCCAACUAAACAUCAGUGCCCAAAAUAACAACAACAAUAAUAACAACAUCAACGUGUCCGAUGCUGACAACUUCACCAGUGCAGAGAGGAGCAUGGGUAUCAGCUGUGCUGGCAAUAACACAUUCAACAAUUCAAGGAGCAGCCAUGCAUGCAAAGACUCAGGAAUGGAGAUAGCCAUUGUGCUAGAUGGAUCAGGAAGCAUCGAGCCGGAGGACUUUGAAAGAGCCAAGGCUUUCAUCUCCAAGAUGAUGAGCUGGUUCUGGAGGAAAUGCCCAGAGGUGACGUUUGCUGUGGUACAGUACGGAGCAGAGAUCCGAACGGAAUUGGACCUGCAGGAAAGCUGCAACCGGUCCUGGGCGCUCUUCAGGGUCCAUAAUAUAACGCAGCUGGGCUCAGUGACCAAGACUGCGUCUGCCCUGCAACACGUGCUGGAUGAGAUUUUCAACACCAGCCGCGGGUCUGUCACCGACGCGCCCAAGAUCAUCCUGGUCAUGACCGACGGGGAGAUCUUCCUGGACCCGCUGCGCUUGUCGGACGUGAUGAGCUCCCCGGCAAUGGCCACGAUCCGGCGCUACGCCCUGGGGGUCGGAGACGCCUUCAGCAAGCAAAAGGCUCUGAACGAGCUGCAGCUCAUUGCUUCGGACCCUGAUGACCGUUACUUGUUCAAGCUGCCUGACUACGAGGCCUUGGUCGGCUUCCUGUUGGUGCUGGAGAGGAGUAUUUUGGGGACUUCAGAGGAAGGGCUCGGCUAUGAAAACCAGAACAGCAACAAUAACAACAUCCACUCUGGCCCGGAGGAGGAGGAGGAGAUCGAAGACUCAUACUCAGGGACGGAAAUCGCCAUCGUGCUGGACGGAUCCGGGAGCAUCGAGCCGGAGGAUUUUAAAAGAGCCAAAGCUUUCAUCUCCAACAUGAUGAAAACCUUCUAUGAGAAGUGCUUCGAGUGUGAUUUUGCCCUGGUGCAGUAUGGAGAGGAGAUCAGAACAGAGUUUGACCUGAAGGACAGCUGGAACGCUAACGCCACUUUCCAGAAGGUUCAGAACAUCACCCAGUUGGGCAACGUGACCAAAACAGCAUCUGCCAUCCAACAUGUGCUGGAUUCUAUCUUCAAUGAGAGCCAGGGGUCCCAGAAAAACGCUGCCAAGAUCAUAGUUGUGCUGACAGAUGGGGAAAUAUUCCUGGAUCCAAUGAACUUAACAACUGUGAUCAAUUCAUCCAAAAUGGCAGGAAUUGACCGCUAUGCCAUCGGGGUGGGAGACGCCUUCAACAAGCCCAAAGCCCUAAGUGAGUUGCAGCUGAUCGCCUCUGAUCCAGAUGAAAGUCAUUUAUUCCGGGUGACCAAUUAUUCGGCGUUAGAUGGGCUCCUUUCAACCCUGCAGCAGAAGAUCAUUGCGACAGAAGGGACGGCGGGAGAUAUUACAGAAUAUGAGCUGGCACAAACUGGUUUCAGCGCACAGAUCUUGGACAAGCAGCACAUACUGGUUGGCGCGGUGGGAGCCUUUGACUGGUCGGGUGGCGUUCUGCUGUAUGAUUUGGUAACCAAGACGGCCGCUUUCCUGAACGAAUCUAAAGAAGCAAAGGGAGCCAGAUACAGCUACCUAGGGUACAGCGUGGCUGCAGCGACCACACAAGAGGGUGCUUUGUACAUUGCCGGAGCUCCCCAGCACAGCAUGACGGGGAAAGUGCUGGUGUUUCAGAAAGAUCGUGUAAAGCAAAUCCUGCAAGGAGAUCAGGUUGGGUCUUACUUUGGCUCUGAACUCUGCACUCUGGACGUGAACCGAGAUGGGCUGACAGACCACCUUCUCGUGGGAGCCCCGUUUUAUCACAUCCAUGGGGAAGAGGGAAGAGUUUAUGUGUAUCGGCUUGAGAACAGCGCCUUCUCCAUGACAGGACACUUACGUGACCAGAAGCUGCCUUCUCUGGCAAGGUUCGGAUUUGCUCUGGCCAGCAUCGGAGACAUCAAUGGGGAUGGGUAUGAAGAUGUUGCCAUUGGAGCCCCCCUUGAGGAUCAGCUUUCAGACCCUUCUGCCUUUGGCAGCAUAUACAUCUACAAUGGUGAUAAGGAUGGGAUCAGACCCUCUUUUCAGAGGAUAAGAGCAGCUGAAAUUGCUCCAGGCCUCCAAUAUUUUGGACAGUCCAUUGACGGUGGUUUUGACCUCACUGAAGAUGGUCUCAUAGAUAUCACCGUGGGAUCACUUGGAAAAGUGACUGUGCUCCGCUCCAGACCAGUUGUCACUUUUAAGGUCACUAUGAGAUUCACCCCAGAAAGAAUAUCCAUCUUCCAGAACAAUAGCAUCGUUACUGCGGAAUUGUGCUUUGAUAUGAUCCCUCCUUUAAAAGCAUCCCAGCAAGAGAAUUGGCACUUAUCCAUUCACUACACGGUGGAUUUAGAUGUGAAGACGACAAAGAAGAAGAGAGCCCAGUUUGAGGAUCAGAAAUUCAUACUGAGCCGAGAAGAGCCGGUCAAUCAACCUAUGUGUAAUAAGUUGCCACUCCAUAUACUGCCAUGUGAUUAUGAUUGUUUCUCUAGCAUUACUCUUAAAGUCAGCUACAACCUCGUUAAUAACAAAGAGAAUGUGGAUCAUGCUGCUCCCAUCCUGGAUAAAUACCAGGAACCUAAGGCAUAUUUUCAGCUGCCUUACAAGAAGGACUGUAGUAACAAGACCAUCUGUGCUGCGAACUUAAUCUUGAGAAGUCAGAUUCAGAAGGAAUUAGUGGUGGGGUUCACCAAAGAGCUGAACCUGAACAUUUCUCUGGUUAACAGCGGAGAUGACUCCUACAUGACCACCAUGGUCCUGGAAUACCCUAGAAAUCUGCAAUUUAAAAAGAUGAUCCCAGAGCCAUCCCCAACUGAGAUUCACUGCAGGCAGUCAGAACCAUCCACACAUUUACCCUCAUCCAUGGACUGCAAGAUUGGACACCCAAUAUUCAAAAAAGCAACGGCACAAUUUUCAGUGAUUUGGCAAUUAGAUGAAGCUAGAUUUCCUGAUGAGAAUGUGAACAUCACUAUUAACAUCACAAAUGCAAAUGAAAAUAGCAUUCCUUUGAUUGAAGAACACACACUUCAUGUCAAACAUGUUUUUACUGCAGUUCUUACCAAGCCAACUCCACUACUAUAUGUGAAUGUUAGUCAAGGACUCCCUGAGAACAAAGAGUUCCAGUUUAAUAUCAAUGGGGAAAACCGCUUUAGAGCUGAAAUCAAAUUACAGAUUUGGGUUCCUGUCAUCAUACAAGGUCAUCAUAUUACAAACGUGAAAAAUGUAAAAAACACACAGGUAUUUUUUUUUUUUUUAUUUCAGUGUGUGAAUCCUCUUCCACAAACUUUGAGGCAUUCAGAUUUGAAGCCUGGCUUUCCUACAAAAUCCGGGAGUAUUGUAUCUGAUUUUCUGUCAGGAUUUACAUAUUAUAAUCUGGCAUAAAUUGAUUCUGCUAAAGCAGGAAAUUCACCAGCCCUA